AUGGCUGAUCAACAAGAUGCCGCAUUCGCGGACAUUGCACAAACCUUGCAAGUGUUGCAACAAAUGCUAGCUGUACAAGGAACUGGUCCCAAGAAAGGUGGCUUCACAAUCGACUCCCAAGACCACAACGCACGUUCAAUUGCCCCCUUUUGUUUGUCCUUCAAGAAACCAGAAUCUGAGGGAGAUGAGGCUGCCAGAAAGAAGGCCGCCGUAGAAGCUGCCAAAGCAAAGAUGCUGACACCCAUUGAUGAAUCCACUGUUGCCCCUAACGCAAGGGACACCACAACAGCCCUCCUUGCCAAUGCCCUCGCGAUGAUCGGCCAAGAUGACGCCCUUCAUGACAUCAUUUCUGAGGCGCUUUCUGCUCUUCAUCAAACCUGA